CAUCUUCGACGGCUUCACCACUCUCUUCCCUGAAAAACCAAACUAAAUGAGAUUCCCAAGCAUGAACAAACGCACACACACCCAAUUUAACAUACCAAAAUUAUUAAAGACCUUUACGAGUCUGAGGGAUUUUUUCCUGGCGAUUUGGAGGCAAUUCAUUAUUAUUAUUUUUUUCCCUUAUCUAGUUCCGUUCAUUCUGGUUCACUAGUACGGACAAAGCAAAAACAUCGACUCUUACAUUAAUUCCGAAAGAGAUGAGUGGGGAAGGGAAGGUAGUCGGCGUCACCGGAGCAUCGGGAUUCAUAGCAUCUUGGCUCGUCAAGCUUCUGCUCGAUCAUGGGUACACCGUUAAAGCCAGUCUUUGGUAUAUCCUUUCAAAGACAUUAGCUGAAGAGGCUGCUUGGAAGUUUGCAAAGGAGAACAGGCUUGACUUGAUUACAAUAAAUCCAGGAUUUGUGAUUGGUCCUAUUCUACAACCAACCAUUAAUCUCACUGUGGAGCUCAUAUUGAAUAUCGUCACUGGACGAGAACUCCCACCACAUGGUGUAUUUAUGGAUGUUCGAGAUGUUGCACAUGCUCAUAUUCAAGCAUUUGAGAUUCCUUCAGCUACUGGCAGGUACUGCAUGGUUGAAAGCACCGUAGAUGUUACUGAGUUGUGGAAGAUCUUGCAUCGACUUUUCCCUAUAUUCCACCUCAAUGAAAAAUUUGAGGAUAAACCUAUUCAAAAUGUGUUCCAAAUAUCCAAAGAGAAAAUUAAGAGCUUGGGUUUUAACUUCAUACCUUUGGAGCAUCUUCACUCUUCCUUGGUAGUUUUUGAUGGUUCUGGUGGAGGUACCUUAACAAUACCUAGUUGGCCGCCAUCCUUGGCGGCCACUGUGGCUGCUUUUAUCUCAUUACAAUGGUUUAUGAACUUGGUCAGCUCUUGGACUCAUGAGAAAAAUCAUAACUCAAAUUGGCAACUCGAAUGAAGCAUAGUAAUACCGCUCAGUAGGGGCAGUAAAGCAUAACAUUGAUGUAGCUUGUUGUUUAGAGAACCGAACGCUGCAAAUGCAAGUUUUAAAGUAAUAAUGCAAUUUUUAUAAU